GCUUCGUGAUGCUUGUCGGUGGAAGGCAGCAGAGCAGUGAGGAGCAUCCACCGCGGCAACGCGUGUCACGUGACCACACUGUCUGCUGCUGGCCGAGGGAAGCGUGUUAGCAGGUUUUUUUCUAUUUUGUACAUACAGAGUUUUGUAUAUACUGUAUAUGAUGAGCUCGCUGGGCAGCGACAAGGCCCGGGGUCCUCGGGAAAAAGCGCUGCCAGCUGUCACUCACACUUCACAACCACAGAAGCAAAUACAGGCUACUGCUGAGCAGAUCCGGUUGGCUCAGAUGAUCUACGACAAGAAUGAUGCUGACUUUGAGGACAAAGUUAACCAGUUGAUGGAGGUGACUGGGAAGAACCAGGAUGAAUGCAUGGUGGCGCUACAUGACUGCAAUGAGGAUGUUAGCAGAGCCAUCAAUUUCCUCCUGGAGAGCCCUUCGGACAUGACCUCAUGGGAGACGGUGGGGAAGAAAAAGCCUCUAGUGAAGGAGGGCCCAUCAGAAAGCAAGGAGAACAAGGAGAAUCGAGAGAAGAAAGGGGAAAGGGAGGCCAGCAAAGGCCGUGCCUCUGCCAACCGCAAAGGCAAGGGGGCAAGUCGGAAUCGGCAGGCGCGUCCAGAAGAGAACGGGGUGGAGGCGCCACCUGCGGAUAAAGGUUCGGAUCGAGGUCGCAGGGCCAGGGGAAGCAGAGGGUCAGCAGGUCGGGGUCGAGGAAGAGGACCAGCUGGGAGCAGGUUCUCACCACAGGGCAUGGGGACCUUCAACCCUGCCGACUAUACCUCAGAAGCUGGGACUGGGACCACACAGGCUGAGGUUUGGGACACAACCAACAACAGCAGCAGCGGCACCGAUGGGACAGUUGCCUGGAGGAACACCAUGGAGGACUGGGGGGCUGAGGAAUGGAAUGAAGACGUCAGUCUGGCUGAGACUAAGGUGUUCACCUCGUCCAGUGCCCCUGCUGCUGAGAACCAUAUCACCCCUGGACAAAGCCUAGAUCUUGCUUCUUUGCUGCAAAAGCCUGCAGUAGGAGGAAGAGAGCCGCCUUCCUCUUCUUCCUCACAGAGUCUGGUGUUCACCAACUCCCACCAUCAUCAGCAACUGCCUCCCAGCCGAAACACGACCAGUAGCACAAGCUACGCCCACGCUGCUCUGUCGUCAGUUUUGGGAGCUGGUUUUGGGGACUUGGGCCAGGCUAAGAGGUCUCAGCCGAGCGCUGGUGCUCAGAUCCUGGAACAACUUAAGGGUCCUGGUUUGGGCCAGCUGCCCUCCUCACAGGCUGCCCCUCCUGUCAGCACUCAAGGAAACAACACCUCCAUUGGUCGCCUACCAGGUCUGGAAGCGUCUGUACCUCCGCCUUCUUCCUCCAGCUGGGACAUGAAGGCCUCAGAGUCAAACACCACCUCCUUGUCCUCACAAUUCAGCCGUGAAUUUGGGCUGCAGCCAGAGCCUUCCCUGGUACUGAGCCAGCUGGUUCAGAGGCACAGCGGCCCCUCCUUGCCUCUGGCACGUCAUCCCAGCCCGCCGUUACAGCAGCAAGCACCCCCUACUUCAGCCUCACCUGCUCCCCAGCACAUUGGCACACCAGCACAGGUCAGCCCAGUGAUGGCUGCUGCUGGUGCUAAACCUGCUGCUCCUAGUCCAGGGCUGGACCCUCAUGGCAGCAGUACGCCACAGCAACAACGGGCCCAGCUCAAGGGCCCGAAACGACGGAUACCUCCUACAUCAAAGAUCCCAUCCACAGCGGUGGAAAUGCCAGGUUCAGCUGAUGUCCCGGGGCUAAACCUCCAGUUUGGGGCUCUGGACUUUGGCUCAGAGUCUGCGCUGCCAGAGUUUGGGGUUGUGGACAACUGUGUGAGUGCAGUGUCCCGGGAGUCAACGCCAGCUCCUGCCCCAGCACCACCUGCAUCAGGACCAGGGACCCAAAGCCACACAAGCCUGUACUCCAAACCUCUCAGUGAGUCGCUGGGCAGCUCUCUGUCAGUCUCCCUCCCUUUGCCCCUCUCCUCGUCUGAACCGGUGUAUCACUCCUCCAGCGCGGCCAUGUCCAGCCUCACGUCGUCUUUAGGAACAAACAGCUCCGCUAACGCUCCUUCGUCCACCUCAGCAACCUCAACCACCUCAUCCUCUGCACCCUCCACCUCCUCCCACUUCUCCUCAGUAGGGGGGAGUUACGAAGGUACAAUGGCCCCCCCUCACACACGGCUUGCUUUUUCCCAGAGCAAGGAGCCAGCGGGGCCAGUGAUGAAUGGAUUGAAUGGUGUCAGAACCUCAGCUUCUAUAGAUGUUUCAUCUGCUUCUUCCACACCGAAACCAGAAUCGCCGUCUGUGAACAUAAACAGCAACGGUCCUUCAGCAGGCUCCUCCCACUUAACCCCCACCCUUCCUGCACACAGCACCACCACCCUCUGCAGUCUGGCACAGGACUUGCCGUCAGCUAACCAACUGAACUCGCUCAACAGCCAUGUCAGCAGCCAUUCCUCGGUUUCCGCUCUGGGAUCAAGCUCUCUCACUUACACGAGUGUGGACAGCAGCAACGUGAGCUCCCUCACUCCUUCGUCAAGCUCCUACACAUCCUCGCAGCCCACAAACUCCUCCCUCCACUCAACCCACAACAGCAGCAACAGUAGCAGCAUCAGUCACCUGGCCAACAUGCCCGGUAUGGGCAGCAACCUGAGCAGCACGGUUGGAGGCAUCAGCGGCACCAGUGGAUUCCACUCGGCCGUCGCCAUGGCCACCAGCACGGCGCUGGGUCUCGGCUCCAAUGGAGCUACCGCCACGUCCAACCUCUCUGCUCCGAGGGCUGCGGCGCUGCUCUCCUCCACUGGAAAAACUCCUCCUAACCUUUCCCAGGGAGUACCUCCUCUACUACCAAACCAGUAUAUAAUGGGACCAGGGGGCCUGCUACCCGCUUAUCCGCAGAUUUAUGGCUAUGAAGACCUUCAUAUGCUUCAGUCUAGACUGCCAAUGCCCUCUUUACAGGAUUACUAUGGAAUCACAUUCCCUGGACCCACAGCAGCUCUCUCUGGCAGAGAGGGGAGUCUAACCAACAACCCUUAUUCAGGUGACGUCACAAAGUUUCCAAGGAAUGACUCCACCUCCCCAGCGCCCCCCACCAGCCUGGCAGCCCCCCAGCCUCCCCAGGCCCAAAGCCAAGGACCGAGCCAGGCUCAGCCUCAGCCUCCCCAGGCCCAACCCCAGGCCCAGCCGCAGCACCACAGCAGUCAGCAGGCCUUUCUGCCACCAGGCUACAGCUACACAGGCCUGCCCUACUACCCGGCAGUGCCCAGUGCGGCUGCUUUCCAGUAUGGCCCCACCAUGUUCGUUCCGCCUGGAGGCCCAGGACCGGCUUCAGCGAAGCAACACAGCAUGAGCCUCGGUCUGGGAAACCCCUCUGCCAGUCCCUUCCAGCAGCAGGCGCAGCAGCAGCCCAGUGGUUACGGCCAGCACACCUUCAGCUCAGGUUAUGAGGAGCUGACAGCCGGGCCAGCAGGUGUGGAGUACAGCAAAGGUUACAACUCCUCUUCACAGGCACAAGCCAAAUCUGCUGCUGCAGGGCCUGGGAAAGGCGUCUCAGUGACAUCCAGUAACUCCGGAGUGCCAGACAUCAGUGGAAGUGUUUACAAUAAGACCCAGUCUUUCGAUAAGCAGGCUUUCCAUGCAGGGACCCCUCCUCCGUUCAGCUUGCCGUCAGCGCUGGGGGGUCCAGGGCCACUAAACCCUGGAGCGGCUCCUGGAGGCUAUGCACCUGCCCCAUUCCUCCACAUCCUGCCUCACCAGCAACCACAUUCACAACUGCUGCAUCACCAUCUAGCUCAGGAUGGACAGGGCGGGCCGAGCCAGCGCGGUCAGUCCAGCAGCCUUCAGCAGAAGAGCCAAGUCAACAAGUCGAGCUACGGCAGCUCCCCUUACUGGGCCAACUGAGACGGUUACACCUGCAGGGUGUUUGUGUGCGUCGGCGGGCAUGGACACAAACGGGCAGAUGUCAAAUGAUCAUAAGGGACAAAAGCGUUUUUACAACACAAGCUAAAACACACACACACUACCAUCCUUUCCCCUUUGCUCUGUAUAUCUCCCUUUUCAAAUUUAUGGCUGUUGUAUGUAAAAUAUAUUUAUGUAUUUAUACAGUAUAUAUGUAUUGGUAGGACAUAAAAUGUGGUUUUCUGCAUUGUUUUUUUUUUUUCUUUUUUGAAGGACAUUUUAUUUCAAAAAAAGUGGAAAGAUGAGAAUGCUAAACCUUGGAGAUAAAGUUGGUAAAUAUACUUGAACAAAAGCAUCUUGUGAUGUGAUUUUUCUUUGUUUGCAAUCAUUAAGUGAGAAUGAUGGACUUAGAUUUUAUGCAUCAUUUUCACAGCAAAGGCCUUUUUUAUUUUGGAAAAAAAAAACAUUGUUUUUGUAUCUUUGGUCACCCACAUCUGUGAAUCCUUUUACUGAGGGUGACUUUUCUUCUUUCUCCCCCAUUUUCUUUCCAUUUGUCUCUCCUUUCUGAUUUCUUACUUGUUGGCUGGUUUGAUCAGCCAAGCCUUGGAUUUGAUGUCAUUUUAAUCCUUGUUGUCCAAAUUAAACGUUAUCAGCAGUUCA